AUGGCAGAUCCCGUCGGGAGGCAUCGUCGGCUCCCUGAGCAAGAAGAAGAAGAAGAAGAAGAAGAGGAAGAAGAAGAAGAAGAAGAGGCGAAGGGGGAGAAAAAGGAGGUGGAAGAGACAGCGGCGGUGGCGCCAUACGGCUGGGCGCUGAGAGCGGCGAGCCAGCGGCGGACAUGGGUGGGCCUCUUCCUCGCCGCCUACGCCGCCCUCCUCGCCGCCUGCUGGCGGCUCCUCCACUGCGUGAGCUCCUGGUACGACUCCCAAUCCGCCGCCCCCUCUGGGGGGCCAUGGCCGGCGCUUUACGCCUCCGCCCUCUUUGGUGGGCUCUUCGGGCUUCUCUCCAUGGCGGCAGCCCUGGCGGUGGCCGUCCCCGCGAUGGUCGUCACCUGGAUCACCGUCCUCGUGCUGCUCGCCUGCGCAGGGAAGCCCCGGCAGGCGCUGGUGCGGGAGGGGCGCCGCGCCACCGCCGACAUCGCCAGAAUUGCCCUAAAGGUGCUCGUGCGGGAGGGCAAGCUCGUCGCCGCCGUCUGCGCCGUCAUCAGCUUCUUCGCCCUCCUCUACCGCCGCCAGGACCUCCACAUCCCUCCGAAUUCCUCGUGA